AGCUGUCCUGCCCAAGUAAGCCAGCCUUUCAGAGGGUUAAUCCCUGCUGGAACGCAGCAUGGCAUGAUGGCAACCACAGGAAAAAUGUCUGAAAUGGAACUAAAAGCCUUUGGGAGUGGCACUGAUAUCAAACCAGGAACACCACCAAUUGGUGGUCGAAGCACCACGCCAACAUCUAGUCCAUUCAGGGCUACAUCAACAAGUCCAAACAGCCAGUCUAGCAAAAUGAACAGCAUUGUUUAUCAGAAACAGUUCCAGUCAGCCCCUGCCACAGUGAGAAUGGUACAGCCGUUUCCUGCACAGUUUGCACCCCAGAAGAGAGCUGUGGGAAAAGGACUCAGCCACAAGACAUUUGGUCCUAGGUGUUGGCAAAGCAGAGAGCAGAGGUUCUUCGGUCCACACAGCGGUUCUUCUCUGAGCAGCAACAGAGCAAACGGAUAGGAGGCAAAGCCCAGAAAGUGGACAGUGAUACAAGUAAACCUGA